AUGGCGAUAGCCGAUAGGGCCACAGAAGUCGUGGUUUUACUUGAAAAAUGGAGGACAUCAUUUAGUCCUGCAUCUUCCAGCAUUGAUGAAGCAGAGAACCAGUUGUUUAGAUUCAAUCUGUGGGCAUCCAACAACUCUAUUUUUGAGUCGCGUCGCGCGUCGAUGGACUGGAGACUGCGAAAUGCCCCUCUGAUUCAAUCAGCAAUGGAGGACCUCUUGGACGACCUCAAGAUCAGCUUAAGUGGCAAGUCUCAAUAUCCUAAGGGUUUGAAAUAUUUUUCUAAUUUCUUGAUGUCUAUAGAUCACGGUGCUAGUCUUGACGGAGAUCUGCGGUCCAACGCGAUGAAUCUUCCCACCUCACCAAGCGUCAUGGAAGAUAUCCUCGACCAGCUCUUUCGAUUGACUCGAUCUGUCCGUCGAUCUGGGGUACUCCGCCGGUUUGUGAAGAUUAGUGACUAUACCGAAUACAGUCCGGAGGGGGUGAAUAUAAGUGAACAUUUCAGUUCUGCUGCUAGCGAGCUUGUCCCGCACUACCUGAAGGAAACAAGAACUAGCGAUGAACUAAAAGAUAGGUUGAUACGGACUAUCUGCUUGCGUCAUAAAAUGUUUUCAUAUCUGAAGGCUCGAAAAGGUCAACUCCCAGAAAAGCCUGCUAUUCCAACUCGAGCCGGCCCGCCUCGGUCAGUUCUCGCGCCGAGUUUCAGCGUAACGAAACCGGUUUCUACAAUCGCCAAGAAAAAGCAAACAAAUGAAUCCCAGCCCGCUCAUAGAGCCAGACCUUCUGUCAUGACGGCCACGACGGUACAAUUUGAUCACGUCCCUGCGAAAUACUCGGUCCAGGCAUCAACUAGCAAGGAGCCAGAGAUUAUAACAAGUCACUUCGAACUUCCUCAGCCACCGUCUGUGCCAGAAGGGCGAAAGGAAGCCGAAUGCCCGUAUUGCCUUUUAGUAUGCCCUGUGAAGGAAUUUAGCGGUGACAAUUGGAUGUAUGUCGCAACAUUCUUUACAAGAAUUUCCAAGCUGACGUAG